CCCUGCAGCCAACCAAGACCCAGACACGAGGAAUAAAGGCGUAUGGCUCCACAUUAGCACUUCUGCUGCUCCAGGACAGAGUCAAGCACUGUUGAUGUCUUGGUUAUGUGCUUGAUGUGUAUGCCAUAUAAUCUCUGAGGAGCCUGGUGAUGAAUCUGAUGAUCUUACUGACAUUUUUGGUUGAACUGUUCCAGUCUGAUUCAUCCCUCUGCAAAAAAAAAAAGAAAAAAGAAAAAUAAAUCUGUCUACUGAUACCGGAUUAAGAGAGCUCUUUAAGUGAGAUGAUGAUGGUAAGCGAUGACUGUCUGGUGGAGUGUAAGAUCGAUGACAGUGAUGAAGAACAGAUGAACACUCCUCCUCCUCCUCCAGAAUUUGCAUCCAAGGCUUCAACUCCGGCUCCCAAAACUCCAACGCCCCCUGCAAAUCCCUCGACUCCUUCUCCGACCCGCCCAGUCAACAGAGACCCGCAUGGCAUCAACAAACACCUUAAGGUGGAGGUCAGUGACGUACUGGCUGAGCCUGCCGCGCCUCAUAGCAUGGACGCAGUGUGGACUCACAGUCUGGUCGGCUUUGAGAGGACUCGUAUCUGGACAUACCGCUGCCUCUCCCUGCUGUUUGCCGUGCCCCUUGCUUUCCUGUGCGGCUUCUUCCUGGCUCUCCUCGCCUGCCUACGGGUCUGGUUCCUGGUUCCCUGUCUACAGCUCAGCAACACCUUCCUGCCCUGCUUGCGCUCCGUGUUCAUGUGCGCCGUGAACGUCUUCAUCUCUCCCUUCUGUAUGUCUCUCGCCCUCUGCUGCACUCAGAUCUCCAUCUCGCUGUCGAACAAAGACUUGGAUCACAAAAGAGACAAAGACACUGUGUGAACGUAAAGAAUUAAGGCACAAGGAAUCAAGAUUGAGAAAGUGUGUGAGUGGGCGGUAGAAUGCUUUUAUUUAAAUAUGCUUGAUUUUGUUUGUUUUUAUCAGAAAAUCCAAAGGUUUUGUCAGACAAGUUUAUUUAAAUAAACUAUUUUGAUAAGUCUGAA